AUGGAAAGCAGAAGCCCACUAUCUCUAAAGACGAACAAAGAACAAGACAGGUUUCUUCCCAUCGCAAACGUUGGUCGGAUCAUGAAAAAGAUGAUCCCUGGCAACGGGAAAAUCUCCAAAGACGCCAAAGAAAGCGUCCAAGAAUGCGUCUCUGAGUUUAUCAGCUUCGUCACUGGCGAAGCCUCCGAUAAAUGCCAGAGAGAAAAGAGGAAGACCAUCAAUGGAGAUGACAUCAUUUGGGCCAUCACAGCCCUAGGUUUCGAGCAUUACGUGAACCCUCUUAAAGUUUACCUCGAAAAGUACCGAGAGAUCGAGGGAGAGAAGCUCAAUAACGUUCCGAAGCAACAGCGAGCAACGGAUUAUCAUCAUCAUCAUCAUCAUCAUCAACAAAUUAGGGUUCAACAACACCAUAAUGCACAACUGGAGGUGAAUGAUCAAGAACAACAACAAAUUAGCCACGUUCUUAAUUUCGAUAAUUUGUAUUCGCCGACGAGUCUGAUGACUCAGUCAACGCCUUUCCUAGCUGCGGAUCAGGCGGCGUUCUCCGGCUUAUUGCCUGCUUUUUCGCCUAAUUUGAUUCGGAAACAGUUGCAGCCACAAGAUGUGGACUGA